UCACACUCAGGCUGGCGGGCCAUGGGGCUGCGGGCCCGGGUGCUGAGACUGAUGCAGGCGCUGGCGAUUCUGGUGCUGAAGCCAUCGCCGCUGCCGGGGUCGCGCUGCCCGGAGCCCUGCGACUGCACCCCUGACGGCGCCCUGCGCUGCUACGGCCCUCGGGAUGGCCUCGCCCGACUAUCACUCACCUAUCUCCCUGUCAAAGUGAUCCCAUCUCAGGCUUUCAAGGGACUUAAUGAGGUCGUAAAAAUUGAAAUCUCUCAGAGUGACUCCCUGGAAAGGAUAGAAGCUAAUGCCUUUGACAACCUCCUCAAUUUGUCUGAAAUACUGAUACAGAAUACCAAAAACCUGGUAAACAUCGAACCCGGUGCUUUUACAAACCUCCCUCGAUUGAAAUACCUGAGCAUCUGUAACACAGGCAUCCGAACCCUUCCAGAUGUUACGAAGAUCUCCUCCUCCGAAUUUAAUUUCAUUCUGGAAAUCUGCGAUAACUUACACAUAACCACCAUACCAGGAAAUGCUUUCCAAGGGAUGACUAACGAGUCCGUCAUACUCAAACUGUACGGAAACGGAUUCGAAGAAGUACAAAGCCACGCAUUCAAUGGGACGACGCUCAUCUCGCUGGAGCUAAAAGAAAACAUACACCUGAAGAAGAUGCACAGUGGAGCCUUCCAGGGGGCCACAGGGCCCAGCGUCCUGGAUAUAUCCUCCACCAAAUUGCAGGCCCUGCCGAGCCACGGGCUGGAGUCCAUCCAGACGCUCAUCGCCGCGUCGUCCUACUCCCUGAGAACACUGCCCUCCAGAGAAAAGUUCACCAGCCUCCUGGUUGCCACGCUGACUUACCCCAGCCACUGCUGCGCUUUCAGGAAUUUGCCCAAGAAAGAACAGAAUUUUUCAUUUUCCAUUUUUGAAAACUUUUCCAAACAAUGUGAAGGCACAGUAAGAAAACCAAAUAAUGAAACGCUUUAUUCGGCUAUUUUUGAGGAGAGUGAACUGAGUGGCUGGGAUUACGAUUACGGCUUCUGCUCACCCAAGACACUGCAAUGUGUCCCGGAACCAGAUGCUUUUAAUCCCUGUGAAGAUAUUAUGGGCUACGCCUUCCUUAGGGUCUUGAUUUGGCUGAUUAACAUCCUAGCCAUUGUUGGCAACUUGACAGUCCUCUUGGUUCUCCUGACAAGUCGUUACAAGCUGACGGUGCCCCGUUUCCUCAUGUGUAACCUCUCCUUUGCAGACUUUUGCAUGGGGCUCUAUCUGCUGCUCAUUGCCUCCGUGGACUCCCAAACGAAAGGCCAGUACUAUAACCAUGCCAUAGAAUGGCAGACCGGCAGUGGCUGUGGCGCAGCUGGCUUCUUCACUGUGUUCGCUAGUGAACUCUCGGUCUACACCCUCACAGUCAUCACUCUAGAGAGGUGGCACACCAUCACCUAUGCCGUUCAGCUGGACCAAAAGCUGCGGCUGAGACAUGCCGUCCCAAUUAUGCUUGGAGGAUGGCUCUUUUCUACUCUGAUCGCCACAUUGCCCCUUGUAGGUGUCAGCAAUUACAUGAAGGUCAGCAUCUGCCUCCCCAUGGAUGUGGAAUCCACUCUCUCACAAGUCUACAUAUUAUCCAUCUUGAUCCUCAAUGUGGUGGCCUUCCUCAUCAUCUGUGCUUGCUACGUUAGGAUUUACUUUGCAGUUCAAAAUCCAGAGCUGACGGCUACUAACAAGGAUACAAAGAUUGCUAAGAAGAUGGCCAUUCUCAUCUUCACGGACUUCAUGUGCAUGGCACCCAUCUCAUUUUUUGCCAUCUCAGCUGCUUUCAAAGUGCCCCUUAUCACUGUCACCAACUCGAAAGUUUUACUGGUCCUUUUUUAUCCUGUCAAUUCUUGUGCCAAUCCAUUUCUGUAUGCAAUUUUCACGAAGGCAUUUCAAAGAGAUUUCUUUCUGCUACUGAGCAAAUUUGGCUGCUGUAAACACAGGGCUGAACUUUACAGAAGGAAGGAAUUCUCUGCCUAUACCUCCAACUGCAAAAAUGGUUUCUCAGGAUCAAGUAAGCCUUUCCAGCCUGCCCUGAAGUUGUCCACAGUGCACUGUCAGCACCUUGCUGUCCUAAGUAAGACUUGCCAACAAGAAUGCUAAUUCACUAACUGCAUUAUUGAAUUGUACUUAGAUAUGUAAAAAGAAAAGUCUACCUGAAUUGGUCACUUUAAUGUAAUGCAUUUUAGAAAAAUAUUUAUUCUGAGACACUUUAGGAGAAUUGUACUGGGUUCAGAGGGUGCCCCUUAACCAGUGGUCAUGGGAACUGGGCAGCCAGAACUGCCCUCUGGAACUUGAUGACAUAAAUUUCAGGAGUGUUUAGAAACUUUUGUAAUAAUUUGAAUGGUAAUUUUGUUUGCUGAAUCCAAUAUUAAGAGAACCUAAGGUGUCUUUUUUUUUUGUAUGUCUCAGGUCUUUUUCACUUCAAUCUUGUAAUUUUUGCUUUAAUCCCCAAAAAGCAUUAGUUCAUACCAGAUUGGAAAUUUUAAGUGGUCUUUGCCCUCAGAUGUCUGAUAAACACAUUCAAGAGAUGCAGUGUACAGUGUAGUAGCCAUUCGCCUUACAUGGUACAUGAAAGUUUCUUAGCCACACUCCAAGCGCUUCACAUAUCUGACUAGUAGCAGGCGGUACAGAUGCAAACUGUCUUCAUCAGUGUAGGGAAUUCUAUUAGGCAUCUCUGUUCUAGAGACUUCUGUUUCCUACUUACAAUCUAUUUACUUCACUUCCCAUCUGAAGGCACAUUUCUGCACACUUGUCGGGCCUGCAGAUACUGGACACCUGGCAGGCAAGAAUGCAUCUCAGCCCAUUUUGCUUCCUCAUCUCCUACCUUGGGAUCUUGGGAAAGACACAUAAUAAAUGAGCCCAGCUGAACUGACUAAAUCUACAAGGAAAUGUAUUUCUAGAACCUUUGCAUUUUUAUGCAAAAUAAAUACUUAAAUAUUGAAAACGAUUAACUUAACAUUAUUUCCAUCCUUUACAGUUUAUUGAAAAAUAUAUCUAAUAUUUGUUAGAAGCACCUUUUACUUAUUACAAUCAACUCUUUACUUAUUAUAAUCAACUCUUAAAGGACAGCCAAACUAUGGGUCUAAUUGCAGCACUUCUGUUUGUCGCUUCGACUUUUUUAUCAAAAGCUCACUAUACACUCAACACCUUGGGUUUUUUUUUCUAUUUUUUAUUAUGUAAUUUCACCAACUGAAUCUUCAUAAAACCCUACAGAGCAGAUGCCAUUAAUCUUCUAUGAGAGAAAAACCGAUUAUCAUUUUUGAAAGUACUGAAUCUAGUGAAAGAUUCACUAAGAUGAUUCAGUCUCAAAGCUCUCCCAAAGCCUAGCCUCUUAAUGAUUCCCAUUUCAGUAAUCAUGGUUUUCCAAGAGUCACUUGGGCUUGAAAUACACCAGAAAAUAAGAUACGUUCAUGGAUGGACAGACAAAUAAAAAUUGGAUAGAGAGGUUUUGUUACAUAAGAGUUUAGAUACAUUCCUUAAAUUUUCCCCAAUAUUGUAUUAUGAACAUUUUCAAAUGUAUAGAAAUGCUGAAGGAACUAUGCAGUGAACACCAUAUACAACCACUAUUUACAGUCAGCAAUAUUUGCUAUAAUGACUCCCACACAUUACUGUGCAAUUAUCUGUUAUUUAUCUGUCCAUUAAUGCAUCUCAUAUUUCGAUAGUUUUUCAAGUAAUCUGCAGACAUCAGCCUUACACAAAAGUAUAUACUAUACAACCCCAUGUAUAUGAAUGAACCUUAGCACUCUGACACAUCAGAUGCAAUUUAAUAUUUAUUUACAUCUUAGGUAUAACUUACAUGUGGAGGAAUGGACACAUCUUAAGCAUGCCACUUGAGUUUUGAGAAUUGCAUGUACCUGUGCAACACAAGCUUCUGUCAAGGUUCAGCACUGUUAUCAUCAGAGAGUUGCUCAGUCCUACUGCAGAGGUGCUGUUGGCCAGAGUUUUGUUUUCCAGCUUAGUGUUUGCUCUCCUAGACGCCGUAUAAGUGCACUUAUGCAAGACAUGGGCUUUCUCACAAGGCUUCGGGACUCCGAAUAAUGUUUUUGCUAUUUAUCCCUUUAACUGCUUGAAGCUGUUCAUUCCUCUUCAUUGCUAGCUAAUAUUCUACCACAGAGUCCUCCUGCUUGUGGUUAUCACGGCUAUUUCCAGUUUUCAACUCCCUGUGAGCAUUUUGUUAAAUAAAUGUCCAGCCACCACCAGACUCUGCACAUUCCACUUGAUCUCAAUUCUUAAGUCAUUAUGCAAAAUGAUUCAGAGACAAUUGUAAGCUUUUUAAAAAAUGUGUGUUUUCCCAUUUAUGACUUUUCUACUCUGUAACAAACGAUUUGGUUCAGAUGGAGCGCUCUCUCCUCUCUCUCUCUCUCUCUCUCUCUCUCUCUCUCUCUCUCUCUCUCUCUCGUCUGUCUCGGCAAUACAGCAUAAUAUCAACUCAUCAUGCUACUAUGUGACUACUUGAUAUUCUCUCUGAUUCAUAAAUCCCAGGAACAAAACAACUCAGUAAGAAAAGUAAGAUAAGAAGACUCAAACCCAUCCUUGUAAAUAAGCUCUUAGUCCAGCACACACUCAAACAGUCUGAGCCUAAAGAACUCACAGGUGCCCUGAAAGCCAUUCAUGGCCUCUCACACAGAUGUUGGUCUUCAUGUUCUACACUCUGACUUACAGUUUCAUUCCCAGUUUGCUGUCUCCCUCAUUCUCAUACCCUCCCACCUGUAGAUCUAUGUUUGAGUUAUCUUCCAACCCAGUUCUGUCCUUUAUAUCCGCAGAGCCAUGUGUCUAUCUCAGGACAUCCGCCUACUACUCCUGAACUGUGCCAUAGCUACCUAACUUGUAUUCAUACCCAGUCUUUCCCAAGUCCUCACACACACCAGCAGUGAACCUUCCCAAAACCUUAUUCCAUCUCAUUGCGUGCCUGCACAGAAUUCCCAGGCAACUCAUCAACACCUGGAGAAUGUAAGUGCACACUCCUGGGCUAACACUUGGAGAGUACGGACUCCACCCUCAAACCUGCCCAGAUCUCCAGAUUCUGUCAUUUCAUCUAGGGCUGAGAGAGCAUCCCUCAAUGUGGGAUGGGCACCCAAAGUCUAUUUG